CUUCACAGGAAGAGUAAGCGUAAAAGGUUUAAAACGCUGCGUUUCGCUCACCCUCUCUCUAUUUCUCUUCGUUCUCUCUGCCCCUCUCUCUCUCUCUCUCUCUCUCUCUGAGUGAAGUAGAAAAUCCAAGAACAAAGCCUGACUCGCAGGGCUCCCUCCAAGAAUCUAAAACAAAAAUUCUUAGUCUCAGCGCGUGUUCUCACUCGCUAUUCCUUUUCCAAAUUUUGAUUUUUUUUUUUUAAUCUCUGAAACUCUACAGAGAUCCCUAUUCACUAUCACUGAAUCCACAGUACUCGAAUACACGAACACAAAACGCUGUCGUUUCGUCCAUCUCCAUUGAAAGAAUGCAUUAUGAAUUCUGCGAGCUCAGGGUUUCGAAAGAGUAGGACAAAGCUUCUUCCUGUUUCUUUGGAUUGCUUAUUUAGUUCAAUUGUAUGGCACUUACAAAAGGUCUUGCAGGAAAUAUGGCCUUUAGGAAAUAUGUCCCUUCUGGAGAUGCGCAGAAGGAUUUGAAACCUUUGAGAUUUUCCAUUAAGGGGCAUGAGAAGACUCAACUUGUGGAUCCAAAUACAAGUCAUACUAUGGAGCGUGAUGUGGAUAUUGACCACAGAGAAAUUUAUUUUCUUAUUAUGCAUUUUCUUUCAGCUGGGCCAUGUCACAGAACUUACGGCCAGUUGUGGAAUGAACUUCUCGAACAUCAACUUUUACCUAGAAGAUAUCAUGCUUGGUAUUCAAGGAAUGGGACACAUAGUGGGGAUGAAAAUGAUGAUGGCAUGUCCUUUCCAUUAAAUUACGCCAUGUUGGUGGAGAGGUAUCCUCACAUUGAAAAGGAUCACUUGGUAAAGCUUUUGAAGCAGCUGUUGCUAAGUGCACCUUCUCCAUCACGUGGCAUAUGUGGUAAAAAUGCUCCAAAUGCAGCUGAUGUGCCUACUCUUCUUGGGAGGAAUUCAUUUUCACUAUUAAGCUAUGAUAGGGACAAAGGAAACAAUGAAGUCAAGAGGCCCCCUGCUCACAUGCGAUGGCCUCAUAUGAGAGCCGAUCAAGUUCGUGGGCUAAGUUUGAGGGAAAUUGGGGGUGGUUUUGCAAGACAUUGCCGUGCCCCUUCGAUUCGUGCAGCAAGUUAUGCCAUUGCAAAACCAUCUACCAUGGUACAGAAGAUGCAAAAUACCAAGAGACUAAGGGGACACAGGAAUGCUGUAUAUUGUGCAAUGUUUGAUCGCUCUGGGAGAUAUGUUGUUACUGGUUCAGAUGAUCGUCUUGUUAAAAUCUGGUCAAUGGAAACUGCAUAUUGUUUGGCCAGUUGCCGUGGACAUGAAGGUGAUAUCACUGAUUUGGCUGUGAGUUCCAACAAUGCUUUGGUGGCAUCGUCUUCAAAUGACUGUAGCAUUCGAGUGUGGCGUUUGCCUGAUGGGUUCCCAAUCUCAGUCCUGAAGGGGCAUACUGGAGCUGUUACUGCUAUUGCAUUUAGCCCCAAACCUAACUCUAUUUACAACCUUCUAUCGUCAUCUGAUGAUGGAACAUGUAGGAUAUGGGAUGCUAGGUAUUCCCAGUUCAGUCCAAGGAUAUAUGUUCCAAGGCCUUCAGAUUCUCUAGCUGGAAAGAACAAUGGUCCAUCCUCAAGUAGUGUUCCUCAGAGCCAUCAAAUUUUUUGUUGUGCAUUUAAUGCUAAUGGAACUGUCUUUGUUACUGGUAGCUCUGACACUCUUGCCAGGGUGUGGAAUGCUUGUAAACCAAAUGCAGAAGACUUGGACCAACCAAAUCAUGAGAUAGAUGUGUUAUCUGGCCAUGAGAAUGAUGUCAAUUAUGUGCAAUUUAGUGGAUGUGCUGUAGCAUCUAAAUUUACUAUGUCUGACACCUCAAAGGAAGAGAAUAUUCCAAAAUUUAGGAAUUCCUGGUUCACUCACGACAACAUAGUUACCUGUUCUCGUGAUGGCAGUGCAAUUAUUUGGAUUCCCAGAUCACGUAGAUCACAUGGGAAAUCUGGCCGUUGGACAAGAGCUUAUCAUCUCAAAGUUCCACCUCCACCAAUGCCUCCUCAACCUCCACGAGGGGGUCCUCGUCAGAGAAUGCUUCCAACUCCUCGUGGUGUUAAUAUGAUUGUUUGGAGCUUAGACAAUCGCUUUGUCCUUGCUGCUAUCAUGGAUUGCAGAAUAUGUGUUUGGAAUGCUGCUGAUGGUAGCUUAGUACAUUCUUUGACAGGUCAUACUGAAUCUACAUAUGUUCUGGAUGUUCAUCCUUUCAACCCACGGAUAGCUAUGAGUGCUGGUUACGAUGGAAAAACCAUAGUGUGGGAUAUAUGGGAAGGUACACCUAUCCGGAUAUAUGAUACUUCACGUUUCAAGCUGGUAGAUGGGAAGUUUUCACCGGAUGGGACAUCAAUUAUACUUUCAGAUGAUGUUGGUCAACUGUAUAUAUUAAACACUGGCCAAGGCGAGUCCCAAAUGGAUGCCAAAUAUGAUCAGUUCUUCCUUGGUGAUUAUCGACCCCUUAUUUAUGAUACGCUUGGAAAUGCACUUGACCAGGAAACUCAGCUUCCACCAUACCGACGGAAUAUGGAAGAUCUUCUUUGUGGCUCAGACAUGGUGCCAUACCCAGAACCCUAUCAGACUGCAUACCAACAAAGACGUUUAGGAGCUCUGGGUAAAGAAUGGCAUCCUUCUUCAUUGAGACUUGCUGUUGGGCCUGAUUUCAGUGUAGAUCCAGACUACCAAAUGCUUCCUUUGGCAGACUUGGAUUUAUCAAUUGAACCACUGCCAGAGAUUGUAGAUGCCAUGGAUUGGGAACCAGAAAAUGAAGUGCAAAGUGAAGAUAAUGAUUCAGAAUACAAUGUUACCGAAGAUUGUUUCCCCGGAGGGGAGCAAGGAAGUUUAAGUUCAAUUUCCUCUGGUGAUCCAGAGUGCAGUGCAGAAGACAGUGAGGAUGAGGACUCAGUGGAUGGCCUUCGUCGAUCGAAGAGGAAAAAACAGAAGGCAGAAGUUGAGAUCAUGACUUCUUCUGGGAGGCGUGUUAAAAGGAGGAAUCUGGAUGAGUGUGAUGGCAAUCCACACAGAUUUAAUAGAACUAGGAAAUCAAGAAAUGGCCGAAAAGCUUCAAAGAGGAAAUCCACAUCAAAAUCUUUGAGACCUCAAAGGGCUGCUGCACGCAAUGCACUUAAUUUGUUCUCAAAAAUCACAGGAACAUCUACAGAUGGUGAAGACGAAGAUGGCUCUGAAGAUAAUUUGUCAGAAAGUGAAUCUUCGCUACACGAUUCGAUCGUUGAGAGUGAUAAAUCUGAUAGUUCUUUGCAAAACAAGCAAAGCAAAUAUUUAAAAGGAAAAGAAGUGUCCCUGGAUGACUGUGAGGAUCUUGUUGAACCUUGUGAAUUACCUGAAUCUCAUUUCAAUGAUGGAAACAGGAAGAGAUUGAUUUUCAAAUUGCCUAUUCGGGAUUCAAAUAAGCUUGUACUUCCAAGGAGCAUAUCACAUAAAAGCAAUUACCAGGCUGAUCUGGUGGGAUCAUCAUCUAAAGCUUCUCAGGAGGCCUUUGAAGAAAAUGGGAGCCAUACAAGCUCUCAGGAUCAAGGGCACUUUUCUGGUGAUGCAAACUGCAGUACUAUAGAAAGAAAAGGGAGAGGGAGAUUAGACAAGGUUGAAGAUCAUUUAGACCUGUCUGAAUUUUACAGUAAUGGCCAAAUUAGAUGGGGAGGGGUCAAGGCUCGUACAUCCAAGCGUCUGAGAUUUGGUGAAGCAGUGCCAUCAGAUGCAUAUGACAGAUCUCAUGUAUGUCAGGUUGGUCAAGGUGAAAAAGAGAAUAACGUCGAUGGGAACAUGAAAACUCAACAGGAUAGUGUUAUGAUAUCCCCCCCUACUAUAGAAAUCCAAAAUUUUGGGGAUAAUAUCGACAGGAUGGCAGUAAUGAAUGGUAAAGUUAUUGGUGAUAGUACCUCUGAGGAAUUUAAAGGUGAGUCACCAAAAUCUGUUCAUGUGGUUGCUCAGGAUACUACCAUCUCCUCUUUGCCGUACAAAAAUGGGACUGAUCACCACCCUGAGCAAAUUGAGAGAGGCACACCUAGCCCAACAAAGUUAAGGAUAAUGUCGAAAAGGAUUUUAGAGGAUCCUGAAAGUCCUUCCAAGCAGGAAAUGAGAUUUUUGGUAGAAAAUCAGAACAAUGGUUGGCAUGAAAGCCCUUCAAACAAGGAACAGGAUCCAGUUGCACCUGAUGGUGAAGGAACCAGUGGAGUUAAUGCAGAUGAUGAAGAUGAAUCAGACUCUCAGAUUGAUAAAAUUUCGUUGUCCCUGGCACAUGAUUCACAGGAGUUGCAUUUGAAUUCAAACAAAAGGUAUGCGGCUGUUUACAAGAGGUCAAAAUCACACAGGAGUAGGGCUAAUUUAGAAGUUGAUAGUGGUGGUGUGGGGGAAAGCACUUCAAAUGCUAGCAACAAUAGUAUAAUUGCAGGACUGGACUCUCAAGAAGGCUUUAUUAAUGGGGCUCGUAGGACAAGGUCCACGAGACUGAAGGAAUAUACACAUGAUUCAGACAAUGUCAGUGAUGGUCUCAAGUCAGGGCCAGGAGAUGAAUCAGGGAAUACAUUUAGAAGUACCCAUAAUAAUUCCACUCACAGCUGUCAAACCCCUACCGACAAUUGGGGAUCAACUGCAAGAAUUACUGUUGGACUGAGGUCAACUAGAAACAGGAGGGCCAGUAAUCAUGUUCGUGACAUAAUUCCAGUAGAUAGAAGGAAGUCACAUCAAUCAGCUAAAAAAAGAUCAUGGUUAAUGUUGUCAACACAUGAGGAGGGUUCCCGAUAUAUUCCCCAGCAAGGGGAUGAAGUUGUAUAUUUGAGACAGGGGCAUCAAGAGUAUAUUGAUUAUUUUAAUUCAAGAGAACCAGGGCCUUGGACAUACAUAAAGGGCAUCAUAAGAGCUGUGGAAUUUUGUAAAGUUGAAGACCUCAAGUAUUCCUCACUUGCAGGGUCUGGGGAGAGCUGCUGUAAAAUGAUACUUAAAUUUGUAGAUCCAGAUUCCAAUGUGUACCAACAAUCUUUUAAAUUGACUCUGCCUGAAGUGAUGGGCUUCCCGGACUUUCUUGUUGAAAGGACUCGGUUUGAUGCUGCCAUGGCCAAAAAAUGGACCUUCAGGGAUAAGUGCAAAGUAUGGUGGAGAAAUGAAGUUGAAGGUGAAGAAGAUGGUAGUUGGUGGGAUGGUCGGAUAACGUCCUCGCAGGCCAAAUCAGUAGAUUUUCCUGAUAGUCCAUGGGAGAGGUAUACUAUUCAGUACAAGACUGACCCCAGAGAAAAGCAUAAUCAUAGUCCUUGGGAACUCUUUGAUACUGAUACUCAAUGGGAGGAACCUCACAUCGAUAAUGAGAUCAGAAAUAAGCUGCUGUCUGCUUUUGCCAAGUUAGAGCAGUCAGGCAACAAAGCCCAGGAUCGUUAUGGAGUUCAAAAAUUGAAAAUUGUUUCAGACAAGUCACAUUUUACAAACAGGUUUCCUGUUGUGUUGUCUCUCGAAGUGAUCCAGGCAAGAUUAGAGAACAGCUACUAUAGAAGUAUGGAGGCAUUGAAGCAUGACGCCAAGGUCAUGCUGUCAAAUGCCGAAUCUUACUUUGCAAAGAAUGUGGAAAUGUUAGACAAGAUAAAACGCCUUUCAGAAUGGUUCACACGGACAUUAGCCUCUUUGUAGCUCCUCGUAGAGAGUUCUAUAGAGAAGUAAAGCCUGUAAUGCGGUUGAAAGUGCGAAUGGGAUUUCUACCCCUUCUUUUUUUUUUUUCUUUUUUUUUGUAGAUAUUACAUUGAUUUGUAAGUAUUGAAAGGCUUUUUCAUUUUAUCUUUUAGGUCCAAUUUUGGGAAUUGGUUAGUCUUUUGGGAAUUCUUUUUAGCGGGAGAUAAAUGUCAGGGCAAUUAGCCAGUUGCCGUGGAAUUUUUCCACCAGAUCAUUCAUUCAUGUAUAGACACACUUGAGACCAUCAUUAAUAACAACGAAGGCAAAGAAGAAAUGUUAAACAUUCUA